UUGCAGCUCUAGUACAAAUAUACAAUGUCUAAUUUGGCUAGAAAGAAAAUUAAGCGAAAAAAUGCACCAGGAAAUAGGUCUGACCUGGGAUGGGAACAUGGUGUUGAAGUAGGUUCAAGGCAAGUUCAAUGUAAUUAUUGCAAAGAAAUUCAUAGUGGGGGUAUAUAUAGGCUGAAGCAUCAUUUAGCUGGGACUAGGAAAAAUGUUUCAGCUUGUCCUAGUGUGCCAGAAAAGGUGAGGGAAAAAUUUGCGACUCUUUUGUAUGCCCAAUCUGAAGCAUCUAUAAAAAAUAAAAGGUGGUAUACUAUAGAAGAAGAGGAUGAUGGCAGUGAUGAUGAAUUAGUUGAAGUACAACAACUACAUUCAUCAAAAGGGAGGGGCAAACACAUAGGCUCCAUGGAUAAGUUUGUUACAAAAAAAAAAAGCAAGUAACAAUGAAUCGUGUGUUUAAAAAAGGAGAACGUGAUCUAGUGAUCCAACAAAUUGCUAGAUUCUUCUACACUAGUGCCAUCCCUUUUAAUUGUGUCAAAAAUCCGGAGUUUCUGCAAAUGAUUAAUAUGAUUUCAAGAUUUGGGAUUGGCCUCAAGCCUCCUUCCUAUCAUGAGAUUAGGGAGACAUGCUUGAAGAAAGAGGUAGAUUUUACACAACAAAUGCUUGAAGAAUAUAAGGUUGAAUGGAAAAAAACAGGUUGUUCAAUUAUGUCUAAUGGCUGGUCUGAUAAGAAAAGGAGAUCCAUUUGUAAUUUUUUGGUGAAUAGUCCCAAAGGAACCAUUUUCCUAUACUCUAUAGACACGUCUAACAUAUCUAAAACAGCUGAAAAAAUUUGUCAAAUGUUAGAUGAAGUUGUCGAUAGGGUUGGAGAGGAGAAUGUUGUGCAACUGGUGACUGACAAUGCUGCUAACUACAAACUAGCUGGAGAGAUGUUGAUGCAGAAGAGAAAGUGCUUGUUUUGGACUCCAUGUGCUGCCCAUUGCUUGGAUUUGAUGCUUGAGGAUUUUGAAAAAAAGAUUAAGGACCAUAAGUACACAAUUGCAAAGGGGAAGAAGAUUACAACGUUCAUAUAUUCUAGAGCUAUGCUUUUAAAUUGGUUGAGGGAUUUCACUAAAGGGAGGGAAUUAAUUAGACCCGUUGCCACUAGAUUUGCAACAUCAUAUUUGACAUUGUCAUGCCUUAAUGAGUUCAAAGGAGAAUUGAUGGCAAUGUUUUCUUCUGAACAAUGGAGGUGUAGUAAAUUUGCAAAAACAAAAGAAGGGAAAAGAAUUCAUGCCAUAGUUAUGGAUAACAAUGGCUUUUGGCGACUUGUUGUCAAAUGCUUGAAGGCCGCAAUACCCCUUUUAAAGGUACUUCGCAUGGUUGAUUCUGAUACACCUCCAAUGGGAUUCAUUUAUCAAGAAAUGGAAAAAGCAAAAGAAGAAAUACAGAAAAAUUUCAAUAAUGUUCAAAAGAGUUACAAAGAGAUAUGGGAUAUAAUUGAUGAUCGAUGGGAAAUGCAACUUCAUAGGCCUUUGCAUGCUGCGGGAUACUAUUUGAACCCUUCUAUUCAUUAUGAUCCUUCUUUUGAUCCGGGUUCAGAUAUUAAAUUAGGACUAUAUACGUGUCUUCAACGAAUGGUUCCAGAAGUUAGUGAUAGGAAAAAGAUAGAUAUGCAACUUGAAAAAUUCAAACAAGCAAAGGGACUCUUCGGUAUUGAAGCUGCCAUACUAGCCAGAGAUACUAAACAACCAAACUAA